AUGGCCGCGCUGGAAGCAGCAGCAGCAGCAGCAGCAGCAGCAAGGAGUCUAUAUCCGGCGGCGCGGCCAACCGUUUGCAUUGGCCUGUCUUGCAAUCCAUCAGCCGAGAGGCUGGAGCUGCUGCUGCAGCAGCUUUCGAGUGCUUACUACAAGGAACCGCGGGAGGUGCUGCUGCAUGCACUGGCGAUGCACGUCGAGACGUUUCUGGUGAAACUGCCUUCGCAGCCAAAUCUAUGGGAAGAGAUGCAGCAGCGAGUGCAGCAGCAGCAGCAGCAGCAGCAGCACUUGGAGCAGCUGCAGCUGCAGCUGAUGCGAGACCGUGCGAGACGAGGGACUCUGCAUAAAAGCAAAAAGGCCGCCGCAGCAGAAGCAGCAGCAGCAGCAGCAGCGCGAGACGGAGAUGCAGCAACGACGCAGCAGCAAGCAGCCGAAUUCCACAUGGCGGUCGCUGCGAGGCUCAGAGGGGAAGAAAAGCAAAUGGAUGUGCAACACCCACUUCCUUCAGCCUUCGCUGCUGCUGUUGCCUCCCUCCUUGUGGGUCAAGUGCUGCAGCAGCAGCUGCUGCUGCUGCUGGAGCAACACCAGAACCAGAAGCAACAAAAACAGAAAGGGUUGUGUGACUUGAUCUGCAGCUGCAACAUCGCAGAGCGGCUGAGCAGACCCAACCGCCUUUCCGUUGCUGCACGAGACCUAGCGGCAGACUUCCAGCAUUGCUUGUACGGAGGCGGCGGCCCAUCGUCGUGUAGCAGCAGCCUCAGGCAACUGAGGGCCAGCCCUUCUCAGCAGAGCCUCAACCCGGCAGCAGCAUCAGCAACAGCAGGGUGGCCGACCCCAGGCAGCAGCACAGCCCGCGGCUUCCCAGAGCCAGCUGAAGAACUGUCGAUGCUUCCAACAGCAGCAGCAGCAGCAGAACCAUCAGCUGCGGGGACAGCAGCAGCAACACAUUCGGCUGUAGCGGCGUAUACAGCUGUUGCUCCUGCAACUGCGGCUGGUGGCACCAGCGGCAGCGCCGAAUUUUACCGUGCUGAGCAGCAAGAAAACAUCUUCAGCUUCCUACAACAUAUUGUCAACCAACAGCCGAGGCACCGGAGAGACUUUUUGCUCGUCGAAGCAAGUCCCGCUGCUGACAUAUUGUCAACCAACAGCCGAGGCACCGGAGAGACUUUUUGCUCGUCGAAGCAAGUUUUGUCUUCUCAACCCCACAAACGCAGUUGCUUGGUGAGGCAUCUGAUUGACAGCAGGCUGUACCUGAUAAAGGAAUUCUUCUUCUUUAUUCCUCGUUCGUUGGUGCAGCGAGCCAAGGGGGGCGCCGACGAGCUGCAGCAGCAGCUCCUGCACGAGGACCCUCCGCAGCAGCAGGAUCAGGAGCAGCAACAACAGCGCCACAAAAAAAAGAGAGGCAAGAAAAAACACAAAAUGCAAUACACCAGGGUUUACGAUGACCUGCCCCAGCAGCGGCAGCAGCAGGAACAAGACCAGCAGCAGGUACUGCUACAGCAGCAGCAGGAACAAGAGAAGCAGCUGAAGAUGCAGCAGCAACGAUGGCACAUAUCAGGUCUGGACGUUGUAGCCGAUGCCGAGAGGGUGCUGCACGAGGUUGCGAUGCUCUGGCUUCCUGCAGCAGCAGCAGCUGCUGCUGUUGCGCCUCCUGUUGUUGCGCAAGAUGAAAGCGCUGCAGAGACAGUACCAAUGCAACCUAGGAGGUGGGGGACCGCAGGCGACAGGGAAGGAGAACGCGGAGGCUCGGCAGAAGCAGCAGAAGCAGCGACAGCAGCAGCAACUGCAGCAGCAACUGCAGCAGCAACUGCAGCCGGAACUGCAGCGGCAACUGCUGAGAACCAGACGCAGCUUUCGGUGUUCGUGCAGAUGGAGUAUUAUGGGUUGACAUUGCAGCGGCUAGCAAAGGAGGGAAGAACCCUCAGAAUCGCAGAUGUAUGGCGGCUUUUUAUGCAGCUGCUGGAGGCGAUGGUUUGUGUGCACCGCGCUGGGACUUGCCACCGGGCCCUGCAUCCUUCGAAUGUUUUUCUGGUUGAGGGCCCGGAGGGCCUAAUCGUGAAGGCGAGUUUGGGGUACAGAGCAGCAGAACAACGAACAGAAGACUUUCUUUUGCGUUAUCUGUUGUUCAUGUUGCUGUCUGCUUGA